CUUUUUCUUUCUAUCUUGUAGCCCCACUCCCCCAUGUUGUCUAUAAAUUGGAUGAACCAAACAACCAAACACAACCCUCUUUCUUACCAAAAAUGGACUACUCUAAUGGGUUUCCUAGAAAAAGAGAUGUUUCUCUUCACGAACUUAGCAAAAGGCUUGCUGAGUUUGCUCAAGUGAGAGGAUGGGAACAAUAUCACAGUCCCAGAAACCUUCUUCUAGCUCUUGUUGGAGAGGUGGGAGAGCUUUCUGAGAUAUUCCAGUGGAAAGGAGAGGUUGCAAAGGGGUUACCCAAUUGGAGUAGUGAUGAUAAGGAGCACUUAGAGGAAGAGCUUUCUGAUGUUUUGCUUUAUCUAGUGCGUCUUGCAGAUGUUUGUGGGCUUGAUCUUGGACAAGCAGCUCUCACAAAAAUACUCAAGAAUGCUAAGAAAUACCCAGUUACUACUACUGACCAUACCACCACUUCCAAUCGCAACUAGCUUCCUAUCUACUAUACUAUUCUCUCACAAAAUAAUAACAAUUGCAUAAUCGAAUAUAUAUAUCCAUGUAACUUUCUCUUCAUUUUGGCUUUGAAACUGAGUCCAUUGCCACCCUGUGUAAGAAGAGCAAAGUGUAAACCUUUAGUUAAAGAAGCUAUAACUGUUUGAUAAUUUGUGUUACACAUGUAGUCAUGAGUUGUUUAUCAAAAGGACUUCACUGGUAUUUUAUUGUCAUGCAUA